GUGACUCGAAACAAAAUUGUAUCGAUUGAUCAAGGAUCCAAUAUAGAUUUACAACAUCAGUUUUACCGAAUAAGUUGGAGGUGUUUGCUUAAAUACACGGCGAUAGUGUAGUAGGUUUUCAGAGUGAAAACAAUGUUUCUCUUGAAAAGAAUGGGUUCAAAUUAUUUUUUUCGAAAUUAAAGUUACAUACCUAUUUGCAUGGUUUAUGCUUCCUACAUGCAGACUCGCCAUGACAGAGGAAAAAAUGGAGAUAAGAGAUUCCAAUUCAACAGAGCCCACAGGGGCAAACAUGUUCAACGAUCAAAUGUCAGGUGCUAUUUUAAUGGAAAGACCCAAUGUGUCCUGGGAUAAUGUUGUUGGAUUGGAUUCAGCCAAAAAGACAUUGAUAGAAGGUGUUGUUUUGCCUCUCAAAUAUCCAGAUUUGUUUUCCGGAAAACGACAUCCUUGGAAAGGAAUUCUGCUGUAUGGUCCACCAGGUACUGGAAAGUCCGAUCUCAUCAAAGCAGCAGCCACUGAGGCUGCUAAUACAUCAUUCUUUUAUGUGUCGUCACGCAAGAUAUCAUCUAAAUGGUCAGACGGUGAAAAAUUACUUCAAACAUUAUUUUCUACAGCAAGAGAACACAAACAUAGUAUUAUCUUUUUUGAUGAAGUAGAUGCUUUAUGUGGAAGUUGUAGUGAUAGUGAGUUUGAAUCAUCAAGGAGAAUAAAAACGGAAUUCCUAAUCCAGAUGGGUGGUGAUAAUAGAAACGUGCUGGUAGUAGGAGCUACAAAUACACCCUGGAUGUUAGACCCGUCUACUCGCAAAAGAUUCGAGAAAAGAAUAUGUAUCCCGUUACCAGAAGCCUCGGACAGAUCUGAAAUAUUUAAAACACAAUUAGGCAUUGCUGUUCACUCUCUAACAGAUGAAGACUUCAUAGAAUUAGGAAAAAGAACGAAUGGAUUUUCUGGAUAUGACAUAUCAGUUGUUGUGAAAGAGGCUUUGCUGAAACCUGUUAAAAAUGUACAGACUGCAACACAUUUCAGAAAGGUUCAAGGGGCGUGUAAUAAGGACCCAAGCCUUACAGUGAAUGACCUUUUGACCCCAUGUUCUUCGGAAGCGCAAGGAGCUAUUGAGAUGUGCUGGGCAGAUGUGUCUAAAGACAAGUUGUUUGAAACCAAAGUAUCCAUGGGUGAUAUGCUUGAAUCUCUAGUCAACUGUAAACCGACAGUAGCUGAAUGUGAUCUGAGGAAACUGGAAGAAUUCACAAGAGACUUUGUCGCCCAUAUAUGAAUAGCAUACAUAUGACAUUGUUUUGUUUAAUCAGUUUUAACAUCUUCAUUUGGCUGAAAUGACAUGAUUGCAACUCUAUCAAACAGUAAAUCUACACUAUUCGAAGAUGGCUUGAAGAAUACAGAACAAUUUAAGAGUUUGCUUUAAUUUUAGUUAUGUUUUUAUUUAUAAUAUAUAUUUGUUGUUUU